AUGCUGGGGUUCAGAUUCAGAUCAUGUGGAAGAUUGAAGAUAAUGGGAUUCAAGUUCAAAUCAUGCGGGUGUGUUUUUGCGCUGAUAAUUCAAUUCUUGAUGACGAUUUCUGUUGCAAAAGUUACAGAUCCUUCUGAAGUUUCUGCAUUGCUUGCUGUGAGAGGUAGAUUGGUUGAUCCACUGAAUCAUCUUAGAAAUUGGAAUAAAGGGGAUCCAUGUACAUCAAAUUGGACAGGAGUUAUAUGUGUUCAUAAAUCCAAUGUUGAUAAAUACUUACAUGUUCAAGAAAUACAACUACUAAACAUGAAUCUUUCAGGAAGUUUAGCACCUGAACUUGGCCAAUUUUCUCAUCUGACAAUAUUAGAUUUCAUGUGGAAUGACUUGAGUGGAAGUAUACCCAAGGAGAUUGGAAAUAUUUCAUCUUUGGUACUCUUGCUUCUGAAUGGAAACAGAUUAAGUGGCAAUUUACCCGAUGAACUUGGGUAUCUUAGGAAUUUAGAUAGAUUCCAGAUAGAUCAAAACCAUAUAUCUGGAGAAAUUCCCAAAUCAUUUUCAAACUUGAACAAUAUUAAACACAUCCAUUUCAACAACAACUCGUUAAGUGGUCAAAUUCCUUUGGAACUUUCCAACUUAUCUACUCUAAUGCACUUGCUUCUGGACAACAACAACUUAUCCGGUUAUCUUCCAUCAGAAUUUGGAAAUUUUCCAAAUAUGCGGAUAGUUCAGCUUGAUAACAAUCACUUUGAUGGAGCCGAAAUUCCUGCUUCAUUUGGAAAUCUAUCAAAAAUAGUGAAAUUAAGCCUUAGAAACUGUAGCUUGCAAGGAGUUGUGCCUGAUCUUAGCAGAAUACAGAAUCUUAGCUAUAUAGAUCUAAGCGAGAAUAGACUCACUGGAUCCAUUCCAUCAAAUAAGCUUUCAAACAGUAUCACAACUAUUGAUUUAUCAGAUAACCAGUUAAAUGGAUCUAUUCCUGAAAGUUUUUCAGAUCUUCCUUCUCUUCAAAAACUGUCCUUAGAGAACAACUUUCUUGAUGGUUCCAUCUCCCCUAAGCUAUGGCAGAAUAAAUCAUUUACUGCAACCUCAAAACUUUUACUUGAUUUCCGUAAUAAUUCUUUUUCAAGUGUUACUGGGGUUUUAAAUCCACCUGUUAAUGCUAGCCUAAGGCUAAAUGGAAAUCCAAUUUGUCGAAAUUCAAGCAUACAAAACAAAGAUGAAUUCUGUGGGCCAAAAGAUUAUGGAGAAUACAUGCGUUCCAUUUCAAAAGACGCAACCGAUUGUCCAAUUCAAUCAUGCCCUACAGACAAUUACUUUGAAUAUGUUCCAGAAUCCCCAAUUCCUUGUUUUUGUGCUUCACCUCUUAGAAUCGGGUAUCGCCUAAAAAGUCCAAGCUUUUCUUAUUUUCCACCAUAUCAUGAGCAAUUCGAAACAUAUGUCACUGGUGCUCUCGAUUUGGAGUUCUACCAACUAUCUAUCGACUCGAUUAUGUGGGAAAAAGGACCUCGUUUAAGGAUGCAUCUUAAACUUUUCCCUAAAGCUGGCAUGGAUCAUUCAAGUACAUUCAGUACAAGUGAUGUUUUGCGUAUCAAAGGCAUUUUUACAACAUGGGUAUUUCCUGGAAGCCACUUAUUUGGACCCUAUGAGCUUCUCAAUUUCACUCUUCUUGGACCUUAUUCACACUUGAAUGUUGAAACACCGAGCAACGGUAUAAGCAAGGGCGUUGUGGUAACAACUGUAGUUAUAGGAGUCGUUUGCGCUUUAGCAAUUUCUUCAAUACUUACUGUUGUGAUCAAGAAACGACGCGAGAGAUACAAGCAUACAUCAUCAAGAAAAUCUUUACUUGCGAAACUUUCCAUCAAAAUCGAUGGGGUUAAAAGCUUCACUUUUAGAGAAAUGGCGAUUGCAACUCAAAGCUUCAGUAAUUCGAGUCUUGUGGGGAGAGGAGGUUAUGGGAAAGUUUAUAAAGGAGUAUUAUGGGAUAACACCAUGGUUGCUAUAAAGCGUGCAGAAGAAGGAUCAUUACAAGGUGAAAAGGAAUUUUUAACAGAAAUAGAGAUUUUGUCAAGAUUACAUCACCGAAACCUAGUUUCACUUCUUGGAUAUUGUGAUGAGGAAAAGGAACAGAUGCUUGUUUAUGAGUACAUGCCUAGAGGAACAUUGCGUGAUUGGCUUGAUGCAAAAUCUGGAGAAUCUUUGAGCUUCCGGAUGAGGUUACACGUGGCAUUGAACUCAGCUAAAGGGAUUCUUUAUCUUCACACAGAAGCCAAUCCACCAAUAUUCCAUCGUGAUAUCAAAUCAAGCAAUAUUCUUCUCGACUCCAAAAUGACUGCAAAAGUUGCUGAUUUUGGGCUUUCAAGACUCGCACCAAUCUUGGAUGACAAUGGAGUUGGGCCUAACUAUGUAUCCACACUUGUUAGAGGAACACCCGGUUACCUUGAUCCUGAAUACUUAUUAACCCAUAAGUUGACAGACAAAAGUGACGUUUAUAGCUUUGGAGUUGUGCUUUUAGAGAUCUUGACUAGUAUGAAGCCAAUAUCACAUGGCAAAAACAUCGUUCGUGAGGUGAAAAUAGCUCAUGAAACAGGAACGAUGUUCUCAAUUGUAGACAGCAGAAUGGGUUCAUACCCUUCUGAAUGUAUUGAGAAGUUUGUACUUUUGGCUCUUUGGUGUUGCAAGGAUAAGCCUGAGAAAAGGCCAAGUAUGUUGGAUGUGGUGAGGGAGUUGGAGCAAAUACUUGAAAAGAUGCCAAAAAAUGAGUUGUUGGAUCCGGAUUCAAACUACUUUGUGGAAUCAUCAUCAAUGUCUUCUUUGUAUAGCUCAUCAAAUGUUCAAGGAAGUAGUGAUCUUACUAGUGGUGGUAGCCCCUUAGUGUAUCCUCGUUGAUGUACAAACAAAUUCAAAUUUUGCACAAAGGUGAAAAUAGGAAUUGUAUAUCUAUGUGUAUAGAAAAAAGUAUGAUUAUGAUGUGAGAGUUGAGAUCAAUGUAUUUUGUUGUACAUUGCAACAUGGUAGAGAAGAUUUUAAUAAACUCUUAUUGUGAUUU